UUGACAUGCAAUAUUUUGCAUCAUAAAAUUGAAACUUUCUACGAGUCUACAAAUUCCACGGUGGAUUUAAUCAGCAAUCAUUUUUAUAACUGAAAAGUAUUAGAAAAACGUAAACACCUGCCUUUACCUGAAGUUUGGAACAAAUGCACUCUGACCUCGAAAAUAUAGUGUAGCCAAGAUGCCGCAGAAAGGCGAACACGUGUGUGUGGAGCUCCCGGACUUUGCUGACGUCUUGGAGGAGUCCGAACAGGUUCUACGAAAAUGCUUCAAACAAUACAAAACCGACGAAGUAUUUCUCUCCUUCAACGGCGGCAAAGACUGCACCGUACUACUGGACAUAGCCAUCAAUGUUUUGACCGACAUAUACAAAGACACAUCUGUGAUAAAGAAUCUUAAAGUGCUGUACAUAAGGACUAACAGUCCGUUCAGAGAGCUAGAAGCGUUCGUGAAACAAGUGGAGCUCCACUACGGGAUCUCGCUAGAGGUGACCGAAGGCGAGUUGAAGAGCACCCUGCAAAGGAUCGUGGACGAGGACAGUAGGAUAAAGGCCUGCCUCAUGGGCACGAGGCGGACAGACCCGUACAGCCACGAUUUACAAUUUAUGCAGAAAACUGAUGCAAACUGGCCGCAAAUAAUGCGGGUAUCGCCGCUUCUGAACUGGUCAUACCAUCAGAUCUGGAGCUAUAUCCUGGCGCGACAGGUCCCGUACUGCAGUCUCUAUGACCAAGGAUACACGUCAAUAGGCAGCACGCUGAACACGUGGCCGAACCCGGCUCUAGCGCUCGACUCGGGCUACCGACCCGCCUGGCAGCUCUCCGACGGCGCUCGAGAGCGCGACGGUCGGGUCCCACCCGACGCGCACAACGGACUCAACGGGACUUGUGACAAGCUAUAGUUAUGUUCAGAACUACAUAUACAUCCGCGAAAGCAUAUACGUAACCUAAGUGUAUAAGUCGGGUUCAACCCGACGCGCACAACGGACUCAACGGGACUCGUGACAAGCUAUAGUUAUGUUCAGAACUACAUAUACAUCCUGGAAAGCAUAUACGUCAUCUAAGUGUAUAGGUCGGGUUCAACCCGACGCGCACAACGGACUCAACGGGACUCGUGAGAAGCUAUAGUUAUGUUCAGAACUACAUAUAUAUCCCCGAAAGCAUAUACUUAACCUAAGUGUAUAGGUCGGGUUCAACCCGACGCGCACAACGGACUCAACGGGACUCGUGAGAAGCUAUAGUUAUGUUCAGAACUACAUAUACAUCCCCGAAAGCAUAUACGUAACCUAAGUGUAUAGGUCGGGUUCAACCCGACGCGCACAACGGACUCAACGGGACUCGUGAGAAGUUAUAGUUAUGUAGUUACUACAUAUACAUCCCCGAAAGCAUAUACGUAACCUAAGUGUAUAGGUCGGGUUCAACCCGACGCGCACAACGGACUCAACGGGACUCGUGAGAAGCUAUAGUUUAUGUUCAGAACUACAUAUACAUCCCCGAAAGCAUAUACGUAAUCUAAGUGUAUAGGUCGGGUUCAACCCGACGCGCACAACGGACUCAACGGGACUCGUGAGAAGCUAUAGUUAUGUUCAGAACUACAUAUACAUCCUGGAAAGCAUAUACGUCACCUAAGUGUAUAGGUCGGGUUCAACCCGACGCGCACAACGGACUCAACGGGACUCGUGAGAAGCUAUAGUUAUGUUCAAAAUAUACAAUAUACAUCCCGGAAAGCAUAUACGUGACCCAAGUGUAGGUCGGGUUCGACCCGACGCGCAAGACAAACACAACGGAACACGUGAGAAGAUAUAGUUAUGACCUUGACACACGUAAAUACAUCCACUGGUGCACUUCAAGUACUGCAUAUACGUAACCCUAGUGCAUAGGUCCACUACUCCACGAGGAUAAUCAAUUAAUCA